AUGUAUCAGUGGUUUUUAGCUUCUGUGAUGAUUACUUCUACAAACGCAGUAACAAGAAUAUUUACGCCAGACCUCCAAGCCGUUAAUUUUGCUAAAGAAAUAAAAGGAAGAAGACUCAAUGGAAGCGUCAUUCGAGAAAUGGAAGUAGAUUCGGAGGUUUCUUGCCAGCUGCAAUGUGUGAAAGAGAAUGGCUGUCUGUCGUAUAACUUUGGACCUAACGAAAAUAAAAAGAGAUUCAGCUGUCAGCUAAGUAACUCUGAUCGAUUUGUUGGCUUGAAGAAUUUUACAGAGGACCAUGAAUUUCUCUACCGAGGAGUAAAGAGCAUCUGUGAGAUGGAAAGUUCUCCUUGUGGGGAGAAAGAAGUCUGCAUGCCCAACUAUCAAGACAACAGUGCCCAGUGCAAAUGUCAAGAUGAUUAUGUUGGAAAACCUUGCGGUGGAGGUUGGACAGUUUUUCAGAGGCGUUUGGACGGUUCUGUUGACUUCUAUCUUGGUUGGGAAUCCUACAAAAACGGGUUUGGAGAUCUGAACGGCGAGUUCUGGCUUGGAAAUGACAAUCUUCACCGUUUGACUGCCAUUGUUGAUGUCACCAUGCGAGCUGACUUGGAAGACUUUGAAGGAAACAUCAGAUACGCUGAAUACACGACUUUUAAGGUGGCAGACGAGGCAGAUAAGUACCAGCUUUUGAUUGGAGGAUACAGUGGCACUGCUGGUGACUCGAUGGCAUUUCAUAAUUUCAUGCAGUUUUCUACGAAUGACAACGACAAUAACGACCGAUCGGCUCACAGCUGUGCACAAACUUACAAAGGAGCCUGGUGGUACAAAAGUUGCCACCAUUCAAAUCUUAACGGUUUGUACCUGGGUGGACCACAUUCUUCUCAUGCCAAUGGAAUCAACUGGCGUACGUUUAGAGGCCACAAUUAUUCACUAAAACGCACUGAAAUGAAAGUUAAAGACAAAUCGCAAAUCUUGGCCUAGGAUUAUCCAACAUUCCGACAAGAGACAAGAGAACAACUGAUCAAACAGCCGCUAAUGCGAUAAAUUGACACCGCCAGUAAAUAUAAAAUACGCGACAACACCUUUAAGAACAGAACUCUUUUUAGGCUUCAGUAAAAGAUGGACUUACUCUUUGUGACAAGUAGUAUCUACAUGUAGAAGAUACAUUUCAGAGCUAUGGUAAUAUCUGCUCUCGCUCACGUUUUACAAAAAUCGACUCUGAAAAUUGCACUCAAGAACUACAAAUUCAGCAAAAUCUUUAAAUUAGAGGUUAUCCUCAUCAAGAGUAACCUCGAAGACAUCUCGAGCUCAUAAAUUAGGUAUUUAACAGAAGAAAGACUGUGUUGAGCUGAUCAUACAAGGAUUCUGGAUUCAUCCAGUAUGGAGCGUCGUUUUAAUUGUGUUAUUAAUUAGCACUUGAUCUCAAACACACCUAGAGUAUUCUGUAGCCUUAUGUGCAACGUCUUGGGGCAUAAUCCACCAUUUUGUGUCAAUUCUUCCUCGGAGGAGAACAAAAGCAGUAAUUAUUGAACUUAAUUGAUUAAAAUGUCCGGUAAGUAUAGUCCUGUUGGGUUGCGGUAUUUUUCACAUAUGCUAGCUGGGCCAGACCUUAUUUUAGAUAAAGAGCUAUUUAGCUCGAUUAUGACAUAAAAACUGCGGCGCAACAUGAUCCUAAAGAAAUAAAUUCCAGUGAUACUUGGCUAUUUUCCCCAGGGUGAGGGAAAGGGAGCACCCUCACGUGAAAAGGUCCGGGAUGCUCGUAGUCUCUAUAGGGGUUGAAAUUAGGGGUAUCGGUCUCGUUUAGGGUGAAACGCCAUUCAGAUUGUCUCUAGCCGUUGCU